GGUCAGUGCGUGACAAUAUAAUGUUCUGAGUUGUAACGGUAGCAUCUCGCAACUGCAAACAUGAGUGUUAACUUUGUAGAUUAUUUCGCCAACGAGCAUAAUGGAUAUGAUAUAUUAUAUCAAAACAUGAAAUACGGACUUAUAGCAAGUAAAGAGCUCUCCGAAUAUCUAAGGGAAAGGUCCAAUAUUGAGGAGACUAAUUCAAAAUCAUUAGCUAAACUAGCAAAACAAGCGAACGGUAACUGCGCACAGGGUACAUUCGCGCCCUUCUGGAGCGUUCUCAAAUGCUCAGCUGAGAAACUAUCUAAUUUACAUCAGCACAUGUUCCAGAAGGUGGGUGAAUUGGUCAAAGAUGUGGCGAGAUAUGCUGAUGAAUUACAUAAAAAACAUAAGGCUGUCAAAGACUCUGAAUCUAGUACUUUAGAAGUAGUAUUACUGAUACAAAAUACUAAACAGGCACUUCAGAAAGCAAAAGAUGUCUAUACUACAAAAUCUGCUGAAUUUGAAAAACUCCGAAAGGAUAAUGCAUCUGCUAAAGACCUCGAAAAGGCUGAGGUUAAAUUGAAGAAAUUACAUGAAGACUAUUGGCAGCUUGCUGAAAAGUAUAAUCUUGUAAAACAAGAUUUUGAAAAGAAAAUGUCUCAAACAUGUAAGCACUUUCAAGAUGUGGAGGAGGCACACUUAAAACAAAUGAAACAGUUUGUUAAUGUUUAUGCUGAUAUAAUUCAAAACAAUCACGAUAUGAUGGGACAGGUGCAUCGGGACUUUAAGCACCAGUGUCUAGAGUUGACUGUUGAAAAACUAUUAGAACAGUUCUUGAUAGAAAAAUAUACUUCCAUAGAAAAAGCAGUUCUCGUUGAGCUGCCCCCAACUUUACCAAAACCCGGUUCAGCUAACAACUCUAUAUCAGAAGCCGAUCAGAUAUCUACAGUCUCUAAUGGCUCUCACAAACCUACGCAGCCAGGAAAAGCUCCCAAAAAAGAGCCAUCUUUUGCUACUAAAACAUCAAGGAGGACUACUUCACUCCUUAAUUUAUUCACUCCCAAUUUCCAAAGCAAAGAUGAACCCACUAUCAACAUUGAAGGUGCUGCACCAUGCUCUGCCCCUUCCAGCCCAAGUGGAACUCCAGCUAUUCCGGUAGCUCCAGAUAAAGAGGACAACAUGGGUCGAACCACCUUGCGGGAGUCCAAAUGGUUCUUACGUAGCAAAAGAACUAAGCCAAAACAAAAAAAAUCUAAAAAGAAAAAGGAUGAUAACUCUAUGAACUCAACAGCUGACAAGUCUGAUUUUGAGGAAAAACAAGAGGAAACACCAAUUAAGGAGGAUCUGAUAAAUUCACCUGAAGUAGAUGAGGAGGGUUUUUGUAUAAGACCAAAAGAAGAGAAAGGCAGUGUAUACUCUUCUAGUGAUUCUGACUCUGAAGAGGAAAGGGAGCAGAAAAUUCAUGUUGAGAUUAAACCUAUAACCAAUGGUAGUGCUCCAAUGUCUGCUAGUGUAGAUGAGCUCAGAGCUACCGUAGAAAAUAUCUCCUUGUACAAAAUUGGCACAACACGUCGGGGUUCUAAUGUGAAUACAAGCAAAGCAAGCAAUGACCUAGUUGGCCUGGACUUCUUCCCGAGCCCAACUGUCAGUAAUCCCACAUCACCUCAAGCUAAUGUGUCUAAUCCUUAUGCACCUUUACAAGGAAAUCAGUCACAUGUGUUUGAGAGUCCCACACCCAUUUCUAAUACUGAAGUUGGUGAUUUAUUCUCAGAAGUAGGUGAAAUGAGUCAAUCCAAUAUUCGAACAUCCACCCCAACAAUAUCUACUAUUUCUCUCCCACGUCCACCAUCAAGAAGGUCUGAUGGAGAAUUUCGAACUGCAGGUUCUACAGGCUCCCGUGGUCCUUCCCCACUUACAAUCGGCAUGGCGGAUACUAUACCGUUGGCAGUUGCGUUCCAUGAAAUAAUUCAUUCAUAUUUCCGUGGUACAGAAGAAUCAAAAUGUCAAGUAAAGAUGUCUGGAGACAUGAUGCUUUCUUUCCCCACUGGUAUUGUUGGUGUGCUUGCUAACAAUCCAAACCCUGCAAAACUUUGUUUUAGACUAAAAAACAUACAUAGAUUAGAAACAGUACUUCCAAAUAAACAGUUGGUUACCAUCAAUCAAUCAACAUCUACACGUGAUACCACUGUUGUAGAUUUCAAUAUGCCUGCUUUGACCUCAUUAUUGAAGCGACAGUCAGAAAAAAAUCCCACCGCACAGUACUUCAAUGUAGAUAUAUUAAAAUAUCAGAUAAGACCAAAAACUGGAGCAUCCUCAUGUCCAUUUCAGCUGGUUUCUUAUUGGAAAUGUGAGAAGGACCACACAGAUCUGAAAGUAGAUUAUAAGUACAAUAUGCAUGCAAUGAGUCCUCCAUCACCACUUUUGAAUGUGUCUGUGUGUGUUCCUGUGAAUGGCUCUGUUAAAAAUGUAAUUGCAAUGCCUAAAAACAUUUGGAAUGAAGAAACUGAACAAGCGUUAUGGCGUUUUACCGAGUUGUCGCAACAUUCAGAGGACCGUGGCGUAGGAUCGCUGCGGGCGCGCUUCGAGCUGAACAAGGGACCCUCUAGCAAGGCCACUCUCUCAUCUCAGUUUAAUUGCGAAGGCGCCACCCUCUCUGGGAUAGAGUUUGAACUGAUUGGUGGUGGGUACCGCUUGUCGCUCGUGAAACGUCGCUUCGUGUCUGGGAAAUAUAUUUGUGAUAGCGAAAUGAACUAAUUGGUCCAAUUUCGACAUGAGCGUGUGCUUUUGUAUAUGUAAUUCUCGUUGUCAUAUAUCCACGUGUGUAUGAGUUAUGUAGAUCUUUAAUUUAAAGAACUUUGGUUUUUGGUACCUUAUAGGACUUGUUUCCUGUCCAAAAUGAGUUACAUACGUAUCAUAAAAUGAAAUAUGUCAAUUUUUCGAUGUAAAAUAAUUAAUUUGUAAAGUCAAUGUUGUAUUACUUGUAUGUGUGUGAGAAUGACAUGUUACAUUGGAGCAGGUACUACCAAAUUAUCAAAUAGCGAUUGUGCCAUUGUAUAAAAUAUACCUAUUAAAAGCAAAGUUUACACUAUGUAUUAAUUUAUUGUUUCUUGCACAUGAAAUGUCCAUGUCCAUCCAUGAAAAAUUUUUAAUCUGAAAUUUUAUCAUUCAAUUCAAAUUUACAUCAACUAAAUUAGCAGAUUCACAAAUGCAGAACAGUUUGCUUCCAGAUUUUGCUUAAAAAUAGCUAGAAUGUAGAUAGCCAUUCUAGCAAUUGUUAAACAGUGAUAAUUUUAAAACAAACCCCAAAAGGUGACAGCUUUAAAGCAUUAACUUAAGCCAAUAUUAACAAUAUAAAAUAUUUAAAGUAUAUAAUAGUUUUCCUUAAAUAUAAAAUUUUAAUGUAAUACUUACUAUUUUUAUGAGCAUAAAUUUAUUUGAUACCCUUAAAUAUUUAUUCACUCACUCAUUAUUAUUGAUUAAUUAAUUAUUAUUGUACUGUAUAAUGUUAUUUACAUAUAGUCUAAUAAUGUACUUUAUUUAUGGUCUAUUGUUUCAAUAAUUCAAAGGCCACAAAUUUUAUAAGUCAAUUUUUCUAAUAAGGAUUUGAAGUUAUGAUUAAACAUAGUACAACAUGUUUUUGGUUGAUAAUUGUAAUUUUUGUUAAUAAUAUAUAUUCUUUAAAUGGAAUAGUUUCUUUUUUUUAGAUUUGAGUAAUUUUAACUGAUGUUUUUUGACUGUAAAACUUCAAAAUAUUUACUCAUUUUAUGAUUCACUGAAUCUCUUUUUUUUAUUUUUAUAUCAUCAGACAGUCACAUAAUGUGAUUAUAUACUGCAUUUAAUGUUUUUUUUUUUUGUUUUGUUUCACAAUACAUUUGUUUUUGUAAUCUUCACUUCUCAUGCAAAUUAUCAUGAUAACUCAUGUUAAAGAUUACUCUCGUGUCUUGUUAUACCGACAGUAAUUCACAUUUCGUUUAAAAUUGUGUUGCUUAUUACUAUGUACAACAGUUCCCACGUAGAAAUUUUGGUUUGAAAAAAAAAACAAAGAAAGCAAUAAAAAUAAUAUUUGUUAUCUUUGUAUAGAGAAAAACAGAGAUAAUAAAGUCAGUUGUAAUUAGUGCGUGACAAAAAAAAUCAAAACAAAAAUCUCCAAAGGAUUUUGUUUUAAACUGGCUUCCGACAGUAAUGCUAUGAUUAUUUCUUCUACUUUACGAUCACUUUUGCAUAGCCAAUCGUAAAUCAACAGCCAACUCUAGUACCUUAAAUAAAGUAAAUCAUUCCAUUUUUUUUUCUUAAUUAAUCUCUUUAAACUAUUUAAUUUAAGUAUUAUUUAGUUUGGUUACACUUUUUUUUUAUUUAUGAUUUUUAAUGUUUAACAUGUACCACUUCUUAAAAGAUCUUCACAUAAAAUUCUUAUGAAAAAUGUAAUUAUUACACUCGAGAAAAAAAAAACCUUAUGAACGACAGACUAUUAUUCUAAAUAAUAAUAAUAAUAAUAAUAAUUAUAAUGUUAUGAGAUUCAAUAGCAAAAAUUGUAUAAUGAAAUUUAAUUGUAAAAAAAGCUAAUUUCGAGACGCAUGAAAAAUUAUUUUUGUAUCGAUAAAUUUAUGGCAUGUAUCAUUAACUAUAAAAUGUAAUAACUUGUACCUAUGUUUCGUAAUUGGAAUAAAAAGUUAUGAAAAUGUAAA